CAUUAAGUGCCCCGGAUCGCACUGUCCAGUCGGUGGUUGCUAUGGCCGACACAUCUCCAUGUCAACAAUAGAGGGGACAAACUUCUGCCGCGCUGUAAAGGGAAGGGAAAGGCGAUGGCUGAGACCACAGAGAGCAAGAAAGAGGAACCGGACUAUAAGAGGCUUCACAGUUUCCCCUUGAUCCGGCACACAGACAUGCCGGAGGAGAUGAGGGUGGAAGCUAUGGAACUGUGCGUCACUGCCUGUGAGAAGUUUGCCACCAACAACGAGAGUGCGGCAAAAAUGAUAAAAGAGUCUAUGGAUAAGAAGUUCGGGAGCUCGUGGCACGUGGUGAUCGGCGAGGGGUUCGGCUUUGAGAUCACGCAUGAGGUCAAGAACCUGCUGUACAUGUUCUUCGGGGGCAGCCUGGCAGUCUGUGUGUGGAAGUGCUCCUAACACACAGCUUUGCACCUCCGUUACAUUCAUCCACUGAUCACUUCCUCUGUCACUCUGCUGUGGGCUGGAUCCAGCUCUCACUCUCCCAGCCAUAUAGGUUCGCACUUUCUUGUAUGCGCAGAAUGUGUGUGCGUGUGUGUGUGUUUGUCUGUCUGUGUGUAUGUGUGUUUCUUUGUAAGCACACAUGCAUGUGGGUAUAUGUGGGCAUGCGUGCAUAUAUGUGUCCUCAUAAAUGGUCUCAUAACCUUUUUUUAAGAAAUGCGUCUUGUACUGUCUUCCUCUCUUCCUUUCUCUCCCUUUCUAUUUGGCAAACCCUGUAUGUCUCUAUGGGCUGCCGAGCCAUCUGUUAGAAAAUGUUCCCAUCUCCUUUUCUUUCCCUCCCUCAGUUUUUUUUUCCUCUAAAUUGCCUGCGUCUUCAUCUGCUCUUUUCAUCUUCAAGAGACACAUCCUGUCCUCCUCCCAAUCUGUCCUAUCUGGUGCUUUACUUUUUAGUCUUGCAUAUCAC